AUGAUCAAAAGAAAAAUUAAAAUCGCAACAUUGAAUGUUGAAAUACUCAAUAACAGAAAAAAAUGUCAGGAAACCUUACAACUGCUCAAGCGGUUUAUAUAUGAAUUAAAAAUAGAUAUAAUUAAUUUACAGGGAAUAAGAUUAUCUCAGCAGAAUAAAGAGUACGUUGCGGAGUUCUUAUGGGAUUAUGAUUCAUUUUGGUCAACAGAAACGGCGAUUCUAGCCGGAAAUGAAAGUGUCCGUUUUGAAGACAUUGAAGAAAUUGAAUACGGAAUCACCACUAGUGUCAUAUACUAUGACAGAACGUAUCAAAUAACAAAUAUAUACGUCCCUUGUGACACUGAUGAAGUAGAUUUUUUAAAUUGGAUCCCAUACGGAAUAUACAAACAAGACAAUACUGUCAAUGUAAUAGUCGGCGAGUUUAAUAUAAACUCAAGCUCACUCUAUAGUGAAAGGAUGUCUGGUUUUACUGACAUUGUGGAUAUAUUAGGUGAAUCGUUUAUUCAAGACGUGCCAAACAAUUGUAUCUUGGUAGAUAAUGAUUAUACCCACUUUUGCCAAAAUGUUGAGGCAUUUACAUCACACAAACAUAUAAAUCCUCUGGUGGUAUGCACACUCGAUCCAUUCAUCUGGAAACUAUAUAAAGACUUGCUCGAAGAUUCUGAAACUCAGAGAAAGAUUGCCAAUAAAAUAGUUAAUGUCAAUACAGUUUUAGAUUGGGACCUCCUUAAAAAACAGUUUCAAUCCAUAUUUCGCAAACAAAGCCGAAAAAAAAAACGUUCAACUUCCAAAUCAGACUCUUUUGAUAUCAAGGAGGAUCUUGCUUGUUUAGAUAAUGAAUUACGGGAAAGUUUAGUUAAUGCUGGGUGGGCUGAGACUGAUAAAAGGGCAACUUCAACAAUUCGAAAUCCAUCGGCACCUACCUCCAAAGACCCAAAAGUUAUUUUAAUUUACAUAAGAAAUUUCUAUCAAGAACUUUUUAAAAACGAUAUAAUUGACUUAAAUAUUGCAAACGAAAUAACCGAUGGUUUAAAAAGUGUGACUGAAGAACAGAAUAAUUCUUUGAUAAAAGAAUUUACUUGUGAGGAAAUUUCUAACAUAAUAACAAAACUUAGAAAUAAUAAAGGCCCAGGAAUCGACGGUUUACCAUUUGAAUUUUAUAAAAAAUUUCAAGAAAAACUGGUUCCUAUUUUGAGAAAAAUUUUUAACCUUAUUUUAAAAACAGGUGAAUUCCCUCCUUCAUGGCUUAAAAGCGUCAUAAUAUUACUUCCAAAAAAAUCUAAUAACUUAACUGAUGUCGCGAACUGGAGACCGAUAUCACUAAUUAAUUGUGAUGCUAAAAUUUUUACAAAAAUAAUGUCGAAUAGACUUAAUGAAAUAUGUAAACAUUUAAUAGGGCGUAAUCAAUAUGGUUUUGUAUCUGGUAGAACCACUUACGACGCAGCUUUAAAUGUAAUCUCUACUAUGCGAGGCAUGCAAAGGCAAAAGAAUUUAUCAAAGGAGGCCUGGUUACUGUUUAUAGAUCAAAAAAAGGCAUUUGAUAGAGUUAACCACACAUUCCUUUUAUUAACACUUGAAAAAAUGGGAUUUAGUCAAGUAUUUAGAAAUCUAUUGAAAAAUCUUCUCUCGAAUCAAUCCGCUCAGAUUUCUGAUUCUGGUGCCCUCUCCGCACCCUUUAAAAUAGGAAGGGGUGUCAGACAGGGCGAUCCAAUCUCUCCAUUAUUAUACGUUUUAUCAUUUGAGCCUUUCUUAAAAUUAUUGGUAAAAAAUAUAUGUGGGGUUGCAAUAAAUAAUUUUAGAUUUAAUGCUUCAGCUUUCGCUGAUGAUUUAACAAUUGGCCUAGGAUGUUAUGAUGAUUGGGACAUUUUGUAUUCCUUAUUAACAAAAUAUGAAAAGGCUUCAAAUGCGGGAGUAAAUAAAACAAAAUCUGUACUUGUUCCUCUAACGGUUGAAGCAUUACACACCAAGUUACCAGGUGACGAAGUUUAUAAAUCACUUGUAGGAAAUGAAACGACCAAACUUUUAGGUUUUACUAUUGAUGGAAAGGGACAAUUGGAAGAAAAUUUUUGGGAAAAAAUGGCUGAGAACAUUAAAAAAACUAUGCAAAUUAUAGAUGAACAUGAUUUCUCGCCUGAUGAUAAGAUGC